AUGAAAAUGGAUUUGUGUUAUUUUUUCUGUAGUAUAUAUAUUAUAAUUAUCGUAAUAUUUAUGGAUAAAUGUGUUUUAAUGAAUACUCAUAAGAAAGAAAACAAUUUUUUUAUAACUAAAUUUUAUAAUAAUAAAUUAUCAAAAAUAUUUCACAAAGAAGACUAUCACUUUUUUCGUUUAGUAUUUAUAAAGUUUCUCAAGAAAGUUAAAUUUUUAAAUAAAUAUAACACAUUAGAUAAUGUGGUUAAAAUACUUGAGAAAAUAAAGUUUGGAGUAAAUCAAAAAAAUGAUCACAUAUAUAUGACAAUAUAUGAAGAACUUAAAAAUAUAUCACUAAAACAAUAUGUAGACUUAUAUGAACAAAAUAAAAUAGAUACAGAAAUGGAAAAACUAACAAUAAAUAGCAUGCAUAAAAAAACAAUAUUGUCUCUAAUUCCUUUUCAAGAGAAUCAGAUUUUUAAUUCUAAUGAGAGUCAUAAAAAAGCUCAUAUAAUGUUAGAUAUAUUAUAUAUAUCAAUAAUAGCAAGUUAUCAAUCGAUAGAUGAUGAAACGAAAAAAAAUAUGUUAAUACUAUUGUAUCAAAACACAUUAAAUCAAUGGAUGAGUUUAAAUUUUUUAAGAAAAAUAAUGAAAUAUAAACUAUCCUUAAAUAAAGAUAAAAUAUUAUUACAUGUAUUGUUAAAAAGAAAAAAUGAUGUAGAAUCAACAAGUGAAGAAGAAAUAAAGAAUAUUGAAAUGAAACUUAAAAAUAUAUUGAAUGAUUUUAUAUAUAAAUUAUAUCCUACAUAUCUAGGUAAUGGAGACUCAGCUUAUAUAAUUAAUAAUAUAACAAAAGUAUAUAUACCAGAAUUAAAAAUUAUAGGUUACCAAACAAAAAAUGAAUAUAAAUUAUAUAAUUUUGAAAAUAACAAAAACCAUAAUUUUUUUUCCAAUUAUUUAAAAGUAAAUGAAGACAAAAAAAAAAUAAUUAUUCAAAUAUUAUUAUCUUAUUCUCAAGUAAAUGAAAAUAAAUUACAAGAUAUGUAUGAUAUUUAUUUUACUAUAGAAUAUGUUUACAAUAUUUUAAUAGAUUAUUUUCAUUAUAACGAUAAUUUUUUAUCAUAUGAAGAUUCAUCUUUUUAUUCAUCCAAAUAUAUAUUUGGUGAUGAAAAAAAUAAUAAAUUAGAGGAAGAAGAAAAAAAAUAUGAAGAUUUAUCAUUACAUAUGUUUUUAAAAAUUAAUAAAAAAGUAAGAUUUACUUUUAGUUCAGUACAAAAAGCUCUUUUAAAAAAUACAAAGAAUAUUAGUUAUUUAUACAAUAUUCACUUUUAUGGUGCUUGUGUAAAAUAUAAGAGUACAGAUAUGAUAAAAUUUAUUGGACACUUUGGUGAAGGUAUUGAUAACAAUUUAAUUAAUAACGUUAUUAUAAAAAUGAAGCCAAAUGAAAUAAUUGCACAUAUAAAAAUAUAUUCAAAAAAAAAAAAAAAAGAUGAUUUAUAUUAUGUAUCUACAAAAGAAAUAAAAAGUCAACUAAAUAAUUCAAAUUAUUUUAAUGUCUUAUAUUAUUUAGUCGAUAGUACAAGAGAAAUCCCUAAGCCUGUAAACUGCAAAACUUGCAGAUAUCAAAAAUAUCAUUAUAUAACACUUUUAAUUGCUGCAUUUGUUCCUUCUUUAAUUAUUUUUAUAAUAUUUUAUAUUAUUUAUUAUUUUAAAAUAACAAAAAUUAAAAGUUCUAGAAAUACCUGUCUGAAGCAUUUUUCUCAAAUGUACCCUCGUUUAUUUUAUGUUAAAACAAAUUCAAAUCAUUAUAUAAGAUUAAGCAAAAAAUACAGAAAAAAGUAUUCCAGUUCUAGGAAUGCAAAAUCUGUUUUAAAAAACGGAUUUAAAAAUAACUAUAAUACUAAUUACAAUAAAAAGUUUUCUAAAAGCUUAUCCAGUAGGAUAAGUGUCUUCUCUUGA